AUGCAAGCACGUAUGGGGAUUGCCGGGAAAGACGCGUCUUAUCUGGCUGCACUCAACGCGGGCGGCACAGUCCCAAGUGUCAAUGUCGGUGAAGGCAGCGCCAUCACCGGAGGGACGGUAAUAGGAGGUGAUUAUCACAAUGUCACUCAUAUCCACAGCAUCUCCGCCAGCGCUGAACCUCGCGGCGACUCGUCUGAAAGUCGCGACGCUCUGAUAUCCGACAUUACCACUUGGUUCGAUCUCCGGUCGAACUCGAGGGGGAUCCACAUCGACGUGAGGAAGAAACGGAUCCCUGCGACAGGAGACUGGUUCAUCAACAGCAAGGAAUACACUCACUGGAAAGGCACAAAGGGCGCUGUUCUGUCACGCGUGGUGGAUGAUCUACUACCGCUCGAGGAAGCUGCCGACCGCAAAAUCUGCGUCCUGUUCGUCUAUAACCGCUACAACGAACCUCUCUCGGUCGGUGAUAUCUUGAAGAACUUCAUCCUUCAAAUCAUCCAGCGUCACCGCCACCUUGCGGACCUCGUUAAACCUCUUUACCGACGUGGUCGACUUGAAAAGACUAACCCAUCCGACGACGAUCUUCUCAACCUCCUCCUCAGAUUGGAGGGUCAUUUCGAUCGUACAUUCUACGUCAUUGACGGAGUAGACGAAGUCGAUCGCAAGCACCAGUUCGACUUGAUUCAGUUCUUAAACCAGCUGCAGGGCAAUGUCAUCUUCGCCUCCCGUCCUUUGGACGACUUGCGCACAGAGUUGGAGGGUGCUCGGUAUUUGACUUUGCUGGCGAAGGGUGAAGACCUCCAACUACUCAUUGAUGACAGGCUAAGGCGAUACAAGGCAUUAUGUCGCGUCUUGGAGAAGAAUAACUACCGAGAGGAAGCCACCAGGCAGAUAGCUGAAAAGGCUGAGGGAAUGUUCCUCCACGCUGCCUUGCAGAUCGAAGCUCUACGCAAUUGUCUGUCACUUUCGGCAGUUGAAGCCAAGCUCGAGCAGUUUCCAGUAGGCAUAGAGGGGAUGUACGCCGCUAGCAUCUCGCGGAUCGAAAGCCAGGACCCAGAACUCGUCCGGAUUGCCAAGCAGGUACUUUUCUGGCUUGUCUUUUCCCGCGGACCUUUAUCGUUGCGGGACCUCCAAUCUGCGCUUGGUGUAAACCCCCAAACAUACAGUGUCGAGAAGUCGCUUAUGCCGGAUGAAGAAUCCAUCAUUGACCUGUGCUGUGGUUUGGUUGAACUGGACACGGAAAGUGACGUUGUUCGACUUGUCCCGCGAGAUGCACUCCAACCCAUUCUCCUCAAGGACUUUCCCGGCCCCCAUCUCUUCAUCAGUAAAGUCCUGGCCCAGAAGAUGGUCGACAAGGGGUUGCCCUGUUGCACCAUCGCCGAGAUUGAAGCUUUUGACACCCUCAUUGAGCAAGAACCACUCCUUCGUUACUCCUACGAACACUGGGGCACCCAUGUUCUGGAGUGUGGAGAUACACCCGAAGCCAAUGAGGUUGCGAUGGCUUUUCUGCGGCAAUGUACCUCUUUUCCUAGUGAUCACACGUGGCAUUCGCUUGUCCCGCUGAAGCCACUUCACGUCGCUGCUUUCUAUGGUCUUUCGAUAUACCUAGACCAUGCCUUCGGGAACAAUGGGGAUUGUGACGGUCGGCCAACACCAUGCCUAACCUCCGCCGACAGCUCACCCCAGGCAGGGGACAAGCCCAUUGGAAUGGACAACGUGGGCUGGACUGCGUUACAACGAGCGUCGCUACUUGGACACGAGGAUGUCGUCAACGAGCUCCUCCAGUUCCAUGGCAUCGACGUCAACGCUACGAACAGCAAUGGGUGGACUGCAUUCAUGAUUGCCGCGUUUGUAGGCCACGAGCGAAUUGUCAACCGACUCCUCCAGGUCUAUGACAUUGACAUCAAUGCUGUGGCCAACGAAGACGCGACUGCGCUCACCUUCGCCUCGGAUCAAGGACACGAUGGAGCGGUCGGCCAGCUCCUACAGUUCCAUGGCAUCGACAUCAACGCUGUGGACACCCGAGGCGCGACUGCGCUGAUGUGUGCCGCGGAUCAAGGUCACGACGGAGUGGUCAGCCAGAUUUUGCAGCGCGAGGAUCUCAACGUCAACGCUCAGAGUGAUAGCGGUUGGACUGCGCUCAUGUGUGCCUCGGAUGGAGGUCGCGAUGGAGUGGUCAGUCAACUGCUGCAGCGCCAAGAUCUCAACGUGAACGCUCAGAACGAUAGCGGGUGGACUGCGCUCAUGUGCGCCUCGGAUAGAGGGCACGCUGGAGUGGUCAGCCGACUCAUGCUGCGCGACGAUCUCCACGUCGACGCCCAGAGCGAUAGUGGGUGGACUGCGCUCAUGUGCGCUUCCGAUGGAGGACACGAUGAAGUGGUCGGUCGACUCAUGCAGCGCCGAGAUCUCAAUGUGAACGCUCAGAACGAUAGCGGGUGGACUGCGCUCAUGUGGGCCUCGGAUGGAGGUCACGAUGGAGUGAUCAGCCAACUCCUGCAGCGCGAGGAUCUCAACCCCAACGCUCGGAGCGAUAGCGGGUGGACUGCACUCAUGUGGGCCGCGUACAAAGGUCACGAUGGAGCGGUCAGUCGGCUCCUGCAGCGCCGGGAUGUCGAUGUCAACGCUCAGAGCGACAGUGGACGGAAUGCACUUAUGUGCGCCACGGAUCAAGGUCACUAUGGAGUGGUCAGGCAACUGCUACGGUUCCAUGGCAUCGACGUCAAUGCAGUGGACGGCAGCGGCGUCACUGCGCUCAUUCUCGCUUCCAAUCGAGGUCGUGGUGAAGUGGUCAACCAACUCCUCCGGUACCCGGGCAUCGACGUCGAUUUCGCCACCGGGUCUGGAAAGACGGCUUUGUCUAUUGCGCAGGAGCGUGGGCGCUCGAGUGUUGUGGCACUGUUAACUAGAUUCAUUCAGAACCGAUCGGCAGGUACAGGUGUAUAG